GCCACAAGAAGGAAGCCCUGAGGAGACAGUAGAUUGCUGGAUAAAUCACAUUAAUUUCCCAAUGAAUUUUAUAUUGUUUAUCUUUUUAUUUGUGGUUUUCAUCCCAAACUUUAGCAAUCUACAGUCCAAUGUGGAACGUAAGUAAACAUUUAAAAUUAGUCAAUCAGAAGGUUGAUUCUCAAUCACAGAAAGUCAGCAUAUGGCAGUUUUCUGCAGGAUGAUUGAAAGUUGAAGAUGCAAUAUAAUUUAACUUUUAAAUCUCAAUCUCUAAUUGUGAAAAAAUUUCAGUGAGAGAAAGCAGUAAAGAAAAUUAACAUAUUUUAUUCCAUUCUGUGUCAUGUUUUGUUUUUCAGGGAACCCUGAGGUGAUGCCUUCAGAUGAAGAACAGUAUUAUUCAGAUGAUGAAAAUCUGGCUAAUAGUGCUCCUCCUGCACAUGAAAAUAUAGAUGAUACUCAUGUUAUACAUAAAUCAGAAGAAAAUGAAGAAGAUACUCCUGCUAAUGAGAAAACUGGCAAUUACUAUAAAGACAUAAAACAAUAUGUGUUCACCACACAUAAUCCAAAUGGCACAGACUCUGAAAUCUCUGUGAGUGCCACAACUGACCUGAAGUUUGUGCUGAAGAACUAUAAACUCGUCAGUGCAACUACAGCUAAAACAUCUGCCGGUGAAGAAGCAAAACCUUAUGAACACUUGCGUAAAAAUAUUCCAACAUCAACCCCCAAUGUGCCUGCAUUUUGGACAAUGUUAGCAAAAGCUAUAAGUGGAUCAGCAGGGAACAUGGGUGAUAAAGAUCAAUUCUUUCAACCAAUUCCAGGCUCUGAUUUGAACAAUACCAACGAAGACAAAAUGUUAGAGUUAGAGGAAAUCAAGCUCAAAUUAAUGCUGGGAAUCUCACUGAUGACCCUUAUCCUCUUAAUUCCCCUCCUGAUAUUUUGUUUUGCCACACUGUGUAAACUGAAACACCUAAGGGACAAAAGUUAUGGCAAUCAAUACACUGUGAACCCGGAGCUGGCCAAUCUGUCUUACUUCCACCCCUCAGAAGGGGUAUCUGACACAUCUUUUUCGAAAAGUGGAGAGAGCAGCUCAUAUUGGGGCAACACUUCUUCAGACUUGAGACGAUCCAGCUCAAAAAAAUCAAAAUCUAAAUCUAUGGAUUUUUCUGCGGACCCCAAUCAAAUAGCCUUAGGUGAAAGGCCAACAUCAAACUUCCUUCCGCCCGAGCAGUCAGCCUUCCUUCCUUCUGAGGAGCCAUACUUCCUUCCUCCUGAGCAGCUGGGUGAGCAGCCCGGUGAGAAUGCCUUUGUUGAGGCAAUGGAUGCGCAGCCCAUGGUGGAUAGGAUACCUGCUGAUGAGGAACAAACGAUCUCUGAGUAAAUAACUUUAAUUCUUUGGUCACUUAAAGAAAAAAAGAUCUUUGUGUUUCACAUAAACUUCCUAAUUUUGAAACUGCAAGUUUCAGAGAAAUCUAAGUUUUCUGAUGUCCUAAGGGCAUAUUCAAUAAAAACUAUCACAGUUGUUAUUUGUUAUAUGAAUUAUUUAAAAGAAAAUGUACAAGGAAAUAAUUUAAUGGAAACUCAUCAAAUAAAAACAAUGCUGGAGACUAGGUUAUGAAUGGUAUUCAUGACUGUAAGUGGCUCAGUGAUAGACCACUUGACUAGCAUGCCCAAGACCUCAUUGGGACCAUCAACCCACCCAUCCAUUCAUCUUUAAAUGAGGGCAUUUACAUCUUUACCUUUACCUAUGCCUGGAUACUACUAUCUACAUCAAGGCCAAAAACAUCUGGCUUAUGUUUCACUAACUAGACAGUGGUACCACCAAGAGACAAAACUAAGUUAGUGGUAGGAACUGCGGGCAUUCUUGAGUUGUUUUGAAGUGAUGCAACUGCUCUCACCGAUUGCCAGCAAAAUAGCUCAGCUGGAAAAGCUGCUUGCCAGACCCUGAAUUGACAACCUGAGUUGGAUCCCUGGACCGCACAGUGGAAGGAGUGAACUAUUACUCAACUCCUGCUUGUCCUCUGACCUCCCUAGGCAUGCUGUGGUGGUGAGAAAUAAAGCAUUUCCUCCAUU